AUGAAGUUCUCGACAGCAACCGCGAUGGUAUUGGGCAUGGCGCCCUUGGCGUUGGGCAAGGCGGUACGCAACGCCUACCCCGUUCGGCGAGACGGCCACAAGGUUGUUGCCGUCAGCGGCGGCGGCAAGAACAGCGUUCAGGCUUCCGAGCAGCAACUUGCUGAGCUCGCCCGCUUGAUCGGUCUCAACCGCGGCAGCGGCACCUCCAUCAACUUCCUCUGGGUUAACAUUGGUGGCGGCGCGGCAACCACUGUCGUUGGCGAGGCUCAAACCGUCACCGUCACUCAAACCGUUGGCGGCGGCGCUGGUGCCACCCCCCCCGCCCGCUGCACCGUCGGUGCUGGCGGCGCCACCCACAGUGUUACUGUUGGCGGCCCUCAGGGCCUCUCCUUCAACCCGCAGCAAAUAAGCGCCGCGAUUGGCGACACCGUCAUCUUCAGCUUCCUCAGCCAGAACCACACUGCUACCCAGUCCGCCUUCGACACCCCCUGCGCAGCCCUCGACGGCGGUAUGGACUCAGGUUACCAAGCCAACCCUAACAACACUGUCAACCCGCCUCCGCAAGUCGCGAUGCAGGUUAUGGUUGACACUCCGCUUUGGUUCUACUGCCGCCAGGGCAACCACUGCGGCAACGGUAUGGUCUUCAGCAUCAACCCCACCGCCGAGAAGACGCACGCACAGUUCCAGGCGCUUGCCAUCCAGCAGAACGGCAAGGGCGCGGGUGGUGCCAUCACUGGCAACCCGCCCAACGCUGACCCCAACGCUGGUACCGGCGGUGCCGCCGAUGCGUCCUCCGCUAUUGUCACCCCACCCGGUGCCACCCCCACCGAUGCUGCCGGCGCCGUCAACACAGGCAUCGCCACCGGCGUCGGCCAAGUCGGAGCCGACGGCUCGUGCGUUUGCGCCGUGCAAUGCAGCGUCGGCGGGUUCCCCAACCAGGCCGUUCAGGGCCGCGACAGCUUUGGCGGGUUUGGCGGCGCUAUCCCCAUGGCUAUGGUCGAGCCUGCGGCUCGCAAGGCGUAA